GCAGGGUAUAUGGUUUCUGAUUGUAAUUUCCUUUAUUACCAAGGAGCAAUAGGAAGAAGUGCAAUGUCAUUUUCACCAAACAACAGAAGACAGAAACUCUUUCUAGAAGCAAAUUUAUCAUUGAGGACAUCUGUUUCUCGUUAUCCUUCAAUUGUGUCCAUGUGUAAGGGUAGUUCAAACAAGAGAAACCCUGAUUUUUCUAGGAAGUACAGAGGAUCAUCAAAAGGCAAAAGACAGAGCCAAGAAAAAGAAAACUCUGAGAACCCGGAGGAUAAUCUGCUUUCCUCUAAAAAUGGGUCUCUCGUUUCCCAUUCCAAUAACCAAAGGUUUUCUGCCACUGCCACCCCUGGGAGAAGGGAGAAGGAGAUUGUUGAGUUAUUUAGGAAGGUGCAGUUACAACUAAGAGAGCGAGCAGCAAUUAAGGAAGAGAAGAGAGUUGAAUCUGCACAGGUCGGCCAGGGAGAUAGAGGAACUGUAGAUUCUCUUCUCAAAUUAUUGAGGAAACAUUCGACGGCACAAAGCAAGAAGAGCAGCAGCAGUGAUGAUGGCUAUGGCUAUGAUCUGGAUCAGCCUGAGAGGGCCAAUCCCUUUGAUGAAGCAGAGAGAAGUGACUUGUUUGAAGAGGAACAUAAUUCUAACUUCUUUGAAUCUGAUCAUCUUGGUACUCAGGAUGUGGUUCAUGACCUGAAACCUCCCUUUCCUUCAAGCAGGAGGCCUAUUUCAAGAUUUAAACGCAAGUCUCCUGUACCUAAAGUGAAAUUUCAGCCUGUUUUGUCCGACGAGGAAGAAGGUAGAAGAAGUUUAAGACCCACGUUGAAUUCACAAGAGAUGGCAGGUAUGGCAUCUGAGCCCGAGAUUGCGGUGCUUGAUCUUCAACCUCAGCAUCCAGUCGAGCUGGCACAUGAUCAUUCGGCGAACCUCGAAUCUUUGGAUGCUGAGAGUAAAAUGGGGUUUGAUCAAUCCGACCCAUCUGAUUCUGAUUUGGAUGAAACUAGCCCAGAGAUGUCAGAGCCACCUAUGAUACAGGAAUCUGAUUUGGGCUCCAUGAAACUCUCUGAAUUGAGGGGGCUUGCAAAGUCUAAAGGCUUCAAGGGAUAUUCCAAGCUUAAGAAAAUUGAGCUUUUGGAAUUGUUGACUGAGAACACUGAUUGAGCUCACUGCAAUGCAGUGGAUGGAUAUUUUGAUGCUCUUUUUUAUGUGCUAGUCACUGUGUUAUUUAUUUAUUUGUUUUUUUUCCUGCUUUCGUAACUAGUGCUGCUAUUUAUUGCCAGUUAAACAAAAAUUAUGAAGGGCUGCACCCAUCCAUGUUCUGCAUUGAUAAUUGUAAUUGUCUACUGCCAUUUACUGCUAAACUUCUAAUAGCUUACUCAUUCACCAUUUUA